ACGAUCACGGAAGAUCUCCCCACCCUUCCAGGUCUACAAGGAGAAGCUCUACGGCAAGAAGUACGUCUGGUUCCUGAUUGGCUGGUACGCCAACAAAUGGUUCCGCACGCCGGACCCUUCCAUCAACUGCACCGAGGCCGAGAUGGCCGAGGCCGUCGAGGGUCACAUCACCACCGAGAUCGUCAUGCUCAACCCCGAGAACACGCGCAGCAUCUCCAACAUGACGUCGCAGGAGUUCAUCGACAAGCUGGAGAAGAGGCUGGGCAGCAACCCGAAGGAGACCGGCGGCUACCAGGAGGCGCCGCUGGCCUACGACGCCAUCUGGGCCUUGGCCUUGGCGCUCAACAAGACGGCCCAAGAGUUGGCCAAGCAAGGCGUGGGGCUGGACGAGUUCAACUACAACAACAAGACCAUCACGGACGAGAUCUACCGCGCCCUCAACUCCUCGGCCUUCGAGGGCGUCUCGGGCCACGUGGUGUUCGACGCCAGCGGCUCCCGCAUGGCCUGGACCCUCAUCGAGCAGCUCCAAGGCGGGGAGUACCAGAAGAUCGGUUACUACGACAGCACCAAGGACAACCUGUCCUGGUACAACAACGACAGAUGGAUCGGGGGGUCCCCCCCGGCCGACUACACCAAGGUGAUCACGACUUUCCGCUUCCUGUCCCAAAAAUUGUUCAUUUCCGUGGCGGUGCUGGCGUCGCUGGGCAUCGUCCUGGCCGUCGUUUGUCUGGCCUUCAACAUCUACAACGGGCACGUCAGGUACAUCCAGAAUUCGCAGCCCUACCUGAACAACAUGACGGCCGUGGGUUGUACCCUGGCGCUCGCCGCCGUCUUCCCGCUGGGCCUCGACGGGUACCACAUCGGGCCGGGGCUGUUCCCCUUCGUCUGCCAGGCGCGGCUGUGGCUGUUGGGGCUGGGCUUCAGCCUGGCCUACGGCAGCAUGUUCACCAAGAUCUGGUGGGUGCACACCGUGUUCACCAAGAAGGACGACAAGAAGGACAAGCGGAAGAGCCUGGAGCCCUGGAAGCUCUACGCCACCGUGGGGGGCCUGGUGGCCUUCGACGUCGUCACGCUGAGCGUGUGGCAGAUCGUGGACCCGCUGCACCGCACCAUCGAGGAAUUCACCAAGGAGGAGCCCAAGUCGGACAUGGACGUGUCCAUCCUGCCCCAGCUCGAGCACUGCAGCUCCACCAAGAUGAACACCUGGCUCGGGAUUUUUUACGGCUUUAAGGGGCUGCUGCUGCUCUUGGGGAUUUUUUUGGCCUACGAGACCAAAAGCGUCUCCACGGAGAAAAUCAACGACCACCGGGCCGUGGGCAUGGCCAUCUACAACGUGGCGGUGUUGUGCCUGAUCACGGCGCCGGUGACGCUGAUCCUGAGCUCGCAGCAGGACGCCGCCUUCGCCUUCGCCUCCCUCGCCGUCGUCUUCUCCUCCUACAUCACCCUGGUCGUGCUCUUCGUGCCCAAGAUGCGGCGCCUGAUCACGCGCGGCGAGUGGCAGUCGGAGCAGCAGGACACGAUGAAGACGGGAUCCUCCACCAACAACAACGAGGAGGAGAAGUCGCGGCUGCUGGAGAAGGAGAACCGCGAGCUCGAGAAGAUCAUCGCCGAGGUGGGCGGAACGUUCCAGAAUUCCAGGAAAUUUGGGAAUUCUGGGACCAAACCCCUUUUUUCCUGGAGUUUUUCCUCCUUUUCCCGGAGUUUUUCCUUUUUUUCCCAUUGUUUUUCCUUCUUUUUCUGGUG